GGAUUGGCCGGGGCGGGGUUUCGCUGGGGUUAUGCUGACGGCUCCGGUCAGGGAAUUUCAAUUUCGGAUGUGGCGGAGCUGAAGGCGGCGGCAGUUACUGAAGUCCAUUUGCCUAUACGGGUAUCAAAGGCUGUUUGUUUGAGGAACCAAUCAGCAUAACCUGUGACCAUGACGACUGAAGUUGGCCCAGAGACUGAAGUAAAGAAGGAAUCUGAGCUGCUGGGGGCAGAUGCAGUCAACGAAAAACAUGAGGAAGCAAUAGAGAGUCAGGAAAAUCAAAAGUCUGAAAAGACACUCUCUGAAGAGGCACAAAGUACUCCUUCUUCCCCAGCACUAGCUACCCAAAGCAGCCCAAGCAGUCAGAAGAAGGAAAAAGAUCCACCUGAAGGCAAGGGGAUCUCUCGCUUUAUCCCCCCAUGGCUUAAGAAACAAAAAUCCUAUAACUUGGUGGAGCCCAAAGAUGAAGCCAAGAAAAAACCUGUAGAGGAGAGACAGACAGCGGAGGAGAGGGAAAGUCAACUUCCAGAGGACAUGGCUCAGCCAAAGGGAAAUUUGGAAGAAGCAACAAUUGAGAGUCAACACGAGACUAAAGAAGAUGACAAGGAGGAGAAGCAUUCUGUGAGCAGUGCUGACACACAGCCUGCUAAAGAAGACAAUAAAGAGAUUGAAGUAGAGAAAGUUGCCAAUGAGCAAGAAGAAAAACAAAAAGUAGAAGAAAAGAGGGAAACCAAAGAGGUACAGACAGCCGAAAUCAAAAUGGAAAAAGCGCCUCAGAAAGCUCCCAAGAAGAUUAAAACUGUGCCAUGCAAAGUGAUGCUCCUGGAUGGCACCGAAUACAGCUGUGACCUAGAGAAAAGAGCUAAAGGCCAGGUACUAUUUGACAAGGUGUGCGAACAGCUCAAUUUACUGGAAAAGGACUAUUUUGGCCUGUUGCUUCAAGAUAACUCAGAUCAGAAGAACUGGUUAGAUUCUUCAAAGGAAAUCAAGAGGCAAAUUCGAAGUUUACCCUGGCUAUUCACCUUUAAUGUGAAGUUUUAUCCUCCUGAUCCUUCACAAUUGACUGAAGACAUUACCAGAUAUUUCCUGUGCCUACAGCUUCGUCAGGAUAUUGCUUCUGGCCGACUGCCAUGUUCUUUUGUGACUCAUGCCCUCCUUGGUUCAUAUACUCUGCAGGCCGAGCUAGGCGACUAUGAUUCAGAGGAACACAAUAACCAUUACAUCAGUGAAUUCCAAUUUGCACCCAAUCAAACAAAAGAGAUGGAGGACAAAGUAGUAGAACUGCACAAAACACACAGGGGCUUGACUCCAGCACAGGCAGAUUCUCAUUUCUUAGAAAAUGCCAAGAGGCUUUCCAUGUAUGGAGUGGAUUUACAUCAUGCCAAGGAUUCUGAAGGUGUAGACAUCAUGCUGGGUGUAUGCGCUAAUGGGCUACUCAUUUACAAGGAUAGACUCCGAAUCAACCGUUUUGCUUGGCCCAAAAUUUUGAAAAUCUCUUAUAAACGUAGUAACUUCUACAUAAAAGUCAGGCCAGCAGAGCUGGAACAGUUUGAAAGCACCAUUGGGUUCAAAUUGCCAAACCAUCGGGCUGCUAAAAGGUUAUGGAAGGUUUGUGUGGAGCACCAUACUUUCUACAGACUUGUAUCACCAGAACAGCCUCCUAAGGCGAAAUUCCUGACCUUGGGUUCCAAGUUCCGCUACAGUGGCCGUACUCAAGCACAGACACAGCAGGCUAGCAACCUUAUAGACAGACCAGCUCCGUACUUUGAGCGCACCUCAAGCAAACGUGUCUCCAGGAGUCUUGAUGGGGCUCCUGUGGGUAUCACAGACCAAAGUCUGCUAAGGGACUUUUCUGCUGCCACAGUGGGACCUGCUGGUGAUAUGGUCUUUGCUGGUGAAGCUGUUGGCCAGACCAAGUUAAAAAACGGCGAAGGUAGAGAUGAGGAUGGAAGCCCAACUAAAAUUCCACAACUGGAAUUAACCCAGGAUGAAAAGCCUAAGGCGACUUCAUUGAGCGCCUCUUAUGACAAUGACCUGAAUGACAAAGCAGAGGAAGAGGAGGUGGAGACCGGAGAGGAAGAAACGCAGCAGCAGGACCUGGAUAAGACCCAGGACAACUUACUGAAACAUCAGGCUAGCAUUAGUGAACUCAAGCGCAAUUUCAUGGAAUCCACACCUGAGCCACGCCCCAAUGAAUGGGAAAAGCGGCGUAUCACACCUCUGUCUCUACAGACACAAGGGAGCCUAGAAGAGGAAAUAACGUCAAUUUUAUUUAGUAAAGAGGGCUUUUCCACUAGCAUGAAAUCUACCUUCACUUCAUCCACCACACGGACAGCAGAGGGCACUGUUGUGAAAGAUAAUGUACCUUCUGAAAUGCUUUCUGCCUCACCUUUCUUACAACUGCCUGAGAAACUUGCUUCCAAAGCAGAAGGGCCUUGCACUGGAGCCAGCGAUGCUGAUAAGAGUUCACAUGAGACUCUGAACGUAGUGGAGGAGAAGCAGCAGGCAGAGGUUGGGAUAGAAGAGACUGUAGUCAUAGAUGAAAUCAACAGAGGGAAAAUGCAAGCGGUCACUGAUGCUGGGGAGACCCGUAAGGUGGAACACCUGUCAAAAAAGGACUCUUCUUCACUGUCAUCAGAUAGCAGCAGCAGCAGUAGUGAGAGUGAGGAUGAAGUGGUGGGAGAGUAUCAGCCCCACCACAGAGCGGCUGAGGACAUCAUAAGGGAAGAACAAGAAGAAAAUGAAGAUGCUAAAAGAAAGGAGGAGUGUACAACAAAAGUAAUACAGAGUGUGGAAGCUGUACAAGAAGGCAGUAAAGUAACAGUUGAGCACACGCAAGUUACGGCAAAGGCUUUGGCCCAGGAAAAUGCAGUUGCCAUAAAAACUGGAGAGAAGAAUGUAGUGGAAGAGGGGAAGCAAGACCUGAGAGCAGAAGAUGAGGAAGAACAGCUCAGAAUAAACGGAGAUGUGUCUCAUGUUGACAUUGAUGUUGUGCCACAAAUAAUUUGUUGUUCUGAGCCUCCAGUAGUAAAGACAGAGAUGGUGACCAUUUCAGAUGCCACACAGAGAACAGAAAUCUCCACCAAGGAAGUCCCAAUUGUUCAAACAGAGACUAAAACUAUCACAUAUGAAUCUCCACAGUUUGAUGGCAGCUCAGGCGGUGAUGCUGGUGUGCUGUUGAGUGCACAGACUAUCACGUCUGAAUCAGUUUCUACAACUACAACCACACACAUCACUAAGACAGUAAAAGGUGGAGUAUCAGAAACAAGGAUUGAGAAGCGCAUUGUCAUCACUGGAGAUGCAGAUAUUGACCAUGACCAGGCACUGGCACAGGCAAUCAAAGAAGCCAAAGAGCAGCACCCUGACAUGUCUGUCACAAGGGUAGUGGUGCAUAAAGAAACUGAACUUGCUGAGGAAGGCGAGGAGUAAGGUCAAGAGGGGGAAAAAAAACCCACCCACUUCAUGACCACGAAGAACUUUGACCAUUCCAGGUUGGUGACACCACCACUACUGCAUUGAAUUCACCAGGUCUAGCAACAGUGACCAGACACUCAAGGUUGAAAUGCCAACGCCAAACACUACCUUAACUACCCUGGUCUAUAUAGUUCCCUUACAUCUUUCUUGUUUAUUUUUAUUACCACUUCUUAACAUUCUUAACUUUUUUGAGGUUUUAGGGGGGUUGAUUUAUUUGCACAACUACCUGCCAUUUUUAUAAAUGAUUCUUGAUCAUAUGCGAGUGAACAAAAAGUAUUCUGAUAGCACUGUUCACUGGAAUAGGUGAAGUUGUGCAGAAAGGAGAAUCUUUGAUGGAUUUAGAAGUAGUUUUUUUCCAAAUAUUUCAACUCAAGUCUGUUACUGGAGUAAUUUACAGAUUUUCUCAGCUUAUUCAGGUUUAUCAGAUAACAUAAAAAUAGGGAGGGGGGUUGGUAAAAACAAAACAUUUCAUACAAUUUGAAAAAAAAUUGAGAAUUUUGCUUUGACUGGAUGGAUUUUUUUUUACUAACACCUUAUAACUCUCUCUAUUCUGAGGGUGGUCUCCUUUCUGUGGGGAACAGGUGCUGGUAGUCUAUAGAAGAGCAAGAGUUAUAAAUGGGUUUCUUCUGACUGAGCACUGUGUUUUAGAUACCUUUGCACUGCAGUGCCAAUGCUCAGCUCUUUCACAGACAUUUUGCUGUCUACAACAUUCCAGAUAAGGAAGGAUGGAAAAAAAUGCUUUCUCCCCUUCCAAUAAAAGGUGACCCAGGCAGCUUAAAACUUAGUGCUUUUUUCUUAACAUUUCCAGACUUCAGCACUUCCCUAUCAUGUACGUGUGUAGAAUGCUUGCUUUCUAUUAAACCUCAUUGUCUACAUGUUAGAACUGACGUUUCUGAUGUUGAGCAGGUAUAUGUUUCAGAUAGUUUAAUGAUCAAUACAGGUUUUUAGGAUACUAAGGGAAAGGUGUGGGUCCAUUCUUGUAGGUAAUAAAAAAACAACGCCAUUUGUUGAGGCUGCCACUGGGGAAAACCUAUAUAGAAACCUGUUAACUAUGUCAAUCUCUUUGCUGUUGACACUGUGUAUAGUUAAGAUGCCAAAUUAGAUUUAUAGCAGCUUGAAGUUGUAUUAAGUGAUAUUUUGCUUUCUGUAAUACUGUUAUAAAAUAAAGUUUGUUUAUUCUCUA